AUGGUCAAAUAUGCGUUUAAAGAUGUGCUUAUAUUUAUUUCAAACAUUUCCGGAAUCACAUUACCUAAUCAAUCGCUUUCAUACCUCUCACUUAUCUUCCAACGGCCAACAAACACGUAUUCUGCUUCUAAAAAGAUUUAUAUUUUAAACAUUCCCAAAAUGAGUAGCUCUGACGAGUCUCAGGACAGAUACAAAGAGUCCAGUCUGGAUGAAAUCCAUAAAAGGUCGGAGAUAUUGGCCAAAGAGAAGGUUAUCCUAGAGCUAUUCUCUCUUUUCGUUGAAACACCGGGUUUCUAUCUCAAAUACCGCAAUCGCAAGCUCGAUGAAAUGAUUGUCGUGAAGUUAUUGGAACACUUAGACACAAAAGAUGUGGAUGAUCGCAUAGUUUUACAUGCUCUGUUGCGGCGCAUCUACAUAAAAUUGUUCGAUUUGCGUUCAUUUAUGCAAACGCAGUUCAACAAUGUAUUCUAUCGAUUUAUUUUCGAAACAAAUGACUUGCACUGCAUCGCAGAGCUUCUGGAAAUCUACAAGGAUAUAAUCAAGGCAUAUACUCCGCCAUUAGAUACCGAACAGGAGCAAGUGCUGUUUAGAAUCCUUUUGCCUUUGCACAAGCCCCAAUCGAUGCCAGAGUAUUUCCCUCAGCUGAUAUAUUGUAUUAUCACAUUCCUCGAUACGAAUCCAUCUCUCAUUGAAAGAUAUGUCAUUGGUCUUCUGAAGCUGUGGCCGAAGACGUCCUUUGAUAAGGAGACUUUGUUUCUGAACGAGCUUGCCAGUAUUCUGGUAAUAAGGGAUGAGCAAGAGGUCGAGAAAGUCCUGGUCCCGGUGUUCAAACAAAUUGCCAAAUGCCUGUCUAGUAAAAGCUCUAAGAUAACUGAGUACACCAUCCAGUUGUGGGAGGACACUGAGAUUUCGGAGCUAAUGAGGCGAAACAACGAGGUCAUCAUGCCCAUCGUAUUCCCAUCCCUAUUUCGCCUUAAAAGACUGCAUUUGGGUGAAAGAAUGCAGAAACUCAUCUGCAUUGCUUUGCAAAUGUUACUGAGGAUGAACAGGAAGCUGUUCAUAAGCCUAACUGCUGAAUACAUACGUGCAGAAGAAAAUUAG